AUGUCACAACAAACCAAACCAAAUCAAAACAACACUGACUCAUUUGACCAUCCACUGCAUUAUUCGAAUGGAAACACACUUUUUGUGAUUUUGUUCUUUUUCUAAACGUAUUUGAUAAUUCAAUUAAGAUUCUUCAGCCACUUACCGGUCGCCUGUGUUUCAUGCGCCAUGGGAAACAUUUUCGGAAAAACUAAAACGAAGCCCGUCAGUCGUGUUACAGAACAAGACAAAGCAGUUCUACAAUUAAAACAACAAAGAGACAAACUGAAGCAAUAUCAAAAACGUAUUGAACUUUCACUAGAAAAGGAUCGAGAGCUGGCAAAGAAAUGUUUAGCCAACGGGCGUAAAGAACGUGCCAAAACUUUGCUCCGGAAAAAGAAGUAUCAAGAGAAGUUGUUAAGCAACACCGAUGCGCAGCUGGAAACGCUUGAAAAGUUAGCCUCAGACAUCGAGUUCGCUCAGGUCGAAGCACAGGUGGUUAGCGGCCUUAAGGUAGGCAACGAGGCACUCAAAAAAGUCAACGAGAUCCUGUCGAUCGACGAGGUGGAGCAAAUACUUGACGAAACACGUGAGAGUAUUGAAAAGCAGCAAGAGAUUGAUGCACUGCUGAACGGUGUACUCACCGAAGAGGACGAGGACGAAGUGUUGGCCGAGUUGGAAGAUCUGAUUGGAGCUAAGGAACCAAAGGAAAUGGAAACGGAAGACAUUUCCGAUCGGUUGCCGGACGUACCGGACGAGGAGCUCGCCAAGGAACGCAAACGCAAGGAUAAGGAUACCUCCGGAUCGAGCAAAAAGGUUGCCUUGGAGGCUUAA